UGAACAGUGUUCCUCGUGUGGCUGGCCCACAUUUUAUCCCUCCAUCUGUCUUUAAGUGGACAUUUGGCUGCUUUGAAACAUCCGUGUGGUCAUCACACUCAUUCCAGUCGUGGCUCUCAAGGUGGAGUGAGGGUUAUUGUCUCAGAAUAGAAAGUGACCUGGGAAGGGCUGGGGAUUUAGCUCAGUGGUUUUGCUGCCUGCUGUGCAAGCGCAAGGACCCGAGUUCAAUCCCCCGUACCAAAAAAAAAAAAAAAAAGACAGUGACCUGGGAAGUACAGCGCCCAGGAGAGAGGCAGUUUCUGAAACAAGGGAGCUGCUGUGGUGUCAAAUAUGACAAAUGCUGACAGAGGACAGAGGACAGAGCUGUGGGUGAGGCCAAGAAAUGAAAGGCAAGAGCCAUCUCCAAGGACACUGGGCCCUGGGGGACUGUUGCCUUUAAGCUGCAGGAGAGUAGGCUGCCUUCCAGAGGUGGGAAGGCCCAGAUGGAGAAGAGAGAGAAGGGGGAAGAGGUGUCUGGGGAGGAAUGGGGAGCUGGUCUGGCAGUAGCAUGGUAGACACGGGUGUGGGUGCAGGGCCACGCCAGUGGGCAAGGCAGAAAAAAACAGGUGUCUGGGGCUCUGAAGGCUUGUGAGUUUCAACAGAAGUUUCGGAGUCCUAGGAUUUAAGGUGCCUCGCAGGCUCUGUUUGGGAGAGCCUGGAAGCCAGCCUGGGGACUAAGCCCUGUGAAGAUCAAGUGGAGGGCCAGCCCCAGCUACUGUUACCCAUGGCCCUCUAAGGGAGGCUACUGCUCAGCCGGAAAAGAAAUAACCCACCAGUCCACAGGAUACUGAGAAAUAACAAAUCAUUGUCCAAGCCACCAAUGCCCUGGCAGUCUGCCAUGCAGCAGUAAACACAGGGUCUCCAGGCCAGGCAAGGACUUUCAGUGUGCAGGCCUUUGGGACUGUUCCUGGCAUCUUGUCCUUCAGUCCGGGCAGAGAGAGUCAGGCCAUCAGAUCCACACAAGCCACAGUCAGGGAAGGACAUGGUCCUCUGAGCAGACAGGUACAGAGAUGAUCCUGGGCAGGGAGUCUAGAUGCAGACUCAGCCCCCAUUGCUAGCCACACUGGCCCCUUGGGGAGAGGUGUGGCUGGAUUCAUCCCAGGUGUUGUCUGAGCAGGCAAAGGGCAGGUGCUACUCUGCAGACUUCUCCUGUGGUGGAAAGGUCAAGCAGGCCAAACAGGGUCCUGCAGGGUGCCAGGAGCCAGUGGGCACCCACAGGCUGGUAGUAAAUACACCCUGCUUGUUGGUGGGCUCCCUGGAGGAGGGCCCCUAGGUCCCAUCACCCCUUUCCCCCAGCCAGAAGGGAAGGCAGCUCCAGGCAGGUGAGUCACCUGACCCACCACCAGAAGUGUCUGGUCUCGUGGGGUAAAACUGGCCAGGCUAUGGCCCUGGAGGGCUCAGUUCCCGGACUGUGGGGGAGGCUUAAAACUUUCCACGAACAGUGAAUUUUAUGCAUUUCCGAAGUCCCUGUCCCUCACACCGUACAAUUUAUCCUCAUGGGUCGGGACAAACUCUGUUUAUGUCUCUCCUAGAGAGGCAGACGCGCCCCGCGGCCCUCAAUGUCCUCUGGGGAAGGAUGGGCGAGGGAGAACCCAGCUCAAGCCCUGAGGGGUGUCAUGAGGAAGAACAGCUCAGGGGAGGAAUCGAGGAGGAGGGGAGCGAGAUCUAGGAAGGGUGGACGGGAGGGGAGGAGAGACUGGGAAGUACAGGACAAGGUAUAGCUGAGGUGGGGGAAAAGAGGAAGCCUGGGCAGAGCGGUGAGGGUAGGUUGGACCGCAGCUCCAGCCUGAAGCGGUUGGGGCAAACCUCCAGUCCCUCGGCUCAAGGCGUUGCCCAGACCCCAGGACCAAGGCGCACUUUAGUCACAAGCGCAGGCCCUGCGUUGGAUGACAAGGGUGAAUAAGGCUCCUGGAGAACCUGAAGCUCCCACCUAUUCCAGUAUUGACCAACCCUCAAGCCCUACCACACGUGAAGGGGACAAGUGCGCGCGGGCUGAGGGUACACAUCCCUGUUGCGGGGGACGGAACAGGGCGGGGCCGAGCGGGUGCGCAGCUUUGUUCGCGACGCUCCCCGGGAGCCGACACGCGCCGGGCGUACGCUUCCUCCAGGGGCCGGGCGUGGGGCCGCGCCCGCCGCGAUUGGCCAAACCGGAGGCCCACGAUUGGCUGUGAGCCCGGCCCCCCCUCCUCCCCAGAGGGGCGGGUACAGGUGCGGGUGGCGCGGCGCGUGCUGCCCUUGGGGGUCUCGCACGCGCCUCCCCGACAGCUGCGCGGUCGCCGCGGCCACGCCUGCCAGCCCACAGCGGUCGCGGAGCGCGUAGAUGGCCAGCGGCUCUUGAGGCUUAAGGGUUGUGCGCGCGGCAGGGGGUGGGGGGCACAGGAAGGUUACGCCCGGGACUGCUGACAGUUCCUGGAGGUGGGGGACCUGCAGACCGCAGCCAGUUCGCACAUUGGAACUGCGUGAGGCGCUUUGGGAGGCGCAGUAGUCACCUGCUGGGAGCAGGGGGGUUCGUCAGAUUUGCGGGCUGUGCCCCCGGGCCACUGGGCGGAGGGCACUCGCACGGUUUGGGCUUUGGAGAGGGGGAGGGCAAAGCGUGUCUGGAGGGCGAGGCAGAGCAAAGAGGGCGUGAGAAAGGAGGCGGCAGCGCGGAGGAGGGUUAUCUAUACGUUUAAAAACGAGCUGCCUCCGCUGAGCGCCCGCGGAGGUCUGGCCGCACGCGCGGGACGCGAGCGCCCCACGCUUCCCAGCGUGCACAGCCCAUCACCCCUUUGGCCUCCAGCGCCACGCCGUCCCCGGGCUCCAGACUAUUUGGGACGAGUGCCCUGCGCCUCGGGACUGGGAGCAGGCGCCCCGCGGGUGGAUGCGGGCGCGAUGGACGGCGGCGCACUGCCGGGACUCGUGCUCCCCUCGCCUGCUGUCCCUGCCCGGCGGAGAUCCGCAUCACCGGAACUGCUGCGCUGCAGCCGGCGGCGGAGGCCCGGCGCGGUGGAGGCCGGAGGCUGCGCGGCAGCUGUAGCGAGGCGCAACGAGCGCGAGCGCAACCGCGUGAAGCUGGUGAAUUUGGGCUUCCAGGCGCUGCGGCAGCACGUGCCGCAUGGCGGCGCCAGCAAGAAGCUGAGCAAGGUGGAGACGCUGCGCUCCGCGGUGGAGUACAUCCGCGCACUGCAACGCCUGCUGGCUGAGCACGACGCCGUGCGCGCCGCGCUGGCCGGGGGGCUGCUGGCACCGGCCGCGCGGCUCUCGGCUCUCCCCGAGCCUCCUGAGACCUCUCCCACCGCUAUUUCGCCCUCCUGCGCCUCUUCGUCCCCGGUUGGCGGGGCCAGCUCGGAGCCUGAGUCUCCGCGCUCCGCCUACUCGUCGGACGACAGCGGCUGCGAGGGCGAGUUGAGCCCCGGGGAGUGCGACCUGCUCGACUUUUCUAGCUGGUUAGGGGGCUACUGAGCGCCCUCAACCCCGAGCAUUCUGUCCCGGCAGCGCAGACCAGGACACCCUGCAGGAGAGCCUGUCACCUGGAACCCGCUCGAGAGGACCAGCUCCUGCUCUGUCCCCACCCAGCAGGGGAUCUGGCCAACGCUGACCUGUGCUGUCCAGCCUGACAAGUACUAUGUGGAACCAGGCCGCCUGGCUUCGAGUGGACUGGCAGCUUCCACCGGCCCUCCCCAGCUGGAAACCAGCCUGGAGAUUUUUACAGAGAGGAUUUUACAAGGACACAGGGAAUCAGUUUUUUACGCCUUAACUUGAACUGCUGGAGGGAUUCUAUUGAAAAUAGGAAAACUUAUUUUUGUACAAAGUAGCCUUAGGCUUGGAGCACAAUAAAGAUUGUAUCCCCACUGCCUA